UGCGCCCCACGUGUUGUUGUCUUCCUUUCAUUUCUGAGCCAGGCAGAAGGCGGCAUGACUUCGAAGCGACGCAACAAUGGCCGGUCGAAGCACGGGCGGGGCCACACCAAGCCAGUGAGGUGCACCAACUGUGGCCGCUGUGUGCCCAAGGACAAGGCCAUCAAGAAAUUCCAGAUCCGAAACAUUGUGGAGGCCGCCGCGGUGAAGGACAUCAAUGAGGCCUCCGUCUAUACCAUGUACCAGUUACCCAAGCUGUACAUCAAACAGCACUACUGUGUGUCCUGCGCCAUUCACUCCAAGGUGGUGCGAAACAGGAGCCGCAAGGCAAGGAAGAUCCGCACCCCUCCCCCACGCUUCCCCAGGGCCCAGGUCAACACCCCUCGCCCUUAGGCCGGCAGAGCACAGCGUUAGCAAGAGGAGGAGGACAGUCAAAAAACACUUCACUCUUUCCAUCAUGAGCCAGCAAACUUGUCUUGGCUGGAUUCAAUAAAGGAGUUGAAAUGA